AAAAAUUGCCUCAAUCUGUUGUGCUAGGCUGUUCAAUUGUGAAAAAUGUCUGCACCCCCCAUUUGCGAACCGGGCGAAUGCUUCAUGCAGCAUAAAAUCAUACCGGAUAUUGUCAAAACUGCGCCCAUGGCCAUGGCUCAGGUGACCUAUGCCGGGGGCUUGGUGGUCAACAAAGGUGAUGAGCUGACACCCACCCAGGUAAAGGCUCCGCCCACUGUGGAGUGGCCAACCGAGCCGGGCGCUCUAUACACACUGCUGCUAACCGAUCCAGACGCGCCAAGUCGCAAGCAACCCAAGUUCCGGGAAUGGCAUCACUGGCUAGUUGUGAAUAUACCAGGCAAUGAUAUCGCCAGUGGCGAAGUUUUGAGCGCCUACGUUGGCUCUGGACCACCGCAGGGCUCCGGCUUGCAUCGCUAUGUGUUUUUGAUUUUCAAACAACCCCAGAAAUUGACUUGCAACGAGAAACGCAUACCCAAGACUAGUGGCGACGGACGUGCUAACUUCAAUACCGAAAAGUUUGUGGCCAAAUACAAGUUGGGCAAUCCUGUGGCGGGCAAUUUCUAUCAGGCCCAGUGGGAUGACUACGUGCCGAAGCUCUACAAGCAGCUCUCUGGAAAGAAGUAGCAAGCAACUUGAUUGAUAAUUGUUAUUGUCUUUUUUUGUUAGUUUUCAAAAAUUGUGAAGUAUUGUUCUGCAAACUGGCGAAUAAAAGUUCAUUCGAGCGUGGCGGGUGAACACAAAAUAA